AUGGCCACCAACGAAGGCAACGUCGUUCAGGCCUUACAGGAGCAGAAACACUACGACACGUUUCACUGGGUGUUGCCGAGCAGCGAGUUCAUUGCUGCAAAUGACAUCACGGAUUACUUCAUGAUUUACCUCCGCGCGAUUGGCGGAUGGUGCAUGCGGCGCGAUGCGUACAAUUACGAGGACGAGGAAAAGGGAGGAAGAGGAAGAGAAACAUUAGAAGAAGAGAAUGGGAAGAUAAACAUGGAUAUGGAUCCCAUCGGUGAAACACAAAAGCAGAAUGGCUGCGGUGGGGUGGAAACACUUUUCGUGACAUUGCAGAUGCUGCACAUGGAGCAGCCGGUCACACCAAUGCUGCAAUCCUCACAUACACGCGGUGACGCCUGCAUAUUUGACGAGUGGGUCAUAUUCCCCAUUUCCGUCCGUGAUAUGCCGCUCGACGCAGUGGUUCGGUGCUGUGUCUACUCCCGUCACGGUCUUGUAGGCUGCACAACGUUUCAUCCCUUUACAGCAAGUGGAAGGCUCAAGGCAGGACCACGGCGUUACAAAAUUCACGCUGAAGGCUCUGCAGGUCCAAAAAAAAAGGAAACGCCGCGGUGGGAGCUGCUCGCGCGGGAUCUUCACGAUGGUCUUCUGCAGCCGGUGCCGUGGAUGGACAAAAUUGUCGAGCGGCGUCUUGCGGAGAUGCGGGAAGUGCAGGAGUAUGAGGGCAGCACACGGAUUGCCGCAGGGAAUGCAUCACCAACGCUCUCAUUGCUGUUUCCGCAAGUGCGCAGUCGCGUCCCGGUCUUCCUACUCUCUGUGCCGCUGAACAUGGUUCCCACAACGUUGCCGACCACCCCUCUUGCGGCAACGCCAACGCGGCCGUACCUUGAUAUAUGUAUAGGUGACGAAAACCUCUGUGAAGCGAAGGCGCAUGCCUUGUCUAAAUCUCUGUUUUUGAUCUCAGACGCUGAUGCAGACGUUCACCCAGGCCUCUUGGAGCGUCGUCAGCUGCAAGAAAUUAUGCGUAAGCCUUUGAUUCACUUAGAAGGACUCAAGGUUGACGAUGAAAUGCUUCUUUGGCGGUUUCGCUUCUUUCUUGCCCGUGAUCCCGCAUACUUUUUGCUCUUUAUGCGCUGCGUGAAUUGGAAAAACGAGGCAGAACAGCAGGAAGCCCUCAAAGUGAUGCAGCAAUGGAAGCCUAUAAGUUUUUCACAGGCAUUAGUGUGCCUUUCCUUUUAUUUUCGUGAGGUGGUGCACGUGCGGAGGUAUGCCAUUAGUUUAAUGGACCGAAAGUCGGAUGAGCACAUCCUUCGCUUCCUGCUGCAGCUUGUGCAGGGCGUCCGGUAUGACGUGAGGGAGGAACUUGAGCAAUUUCUCUUGCGUCGUGCAUUGGGCUGCUGGGAACUCUGCUCGACACUCUUUUGGUAUGUGUACGUGGAGACGUUGCUGGAGAAGUCUGCCGAGACGGAAAGCCGUCGCGGAGACGAGAGGGAACGAUACACCGUCUUUCUUCAACGUCUUGUAGGCAAGCUGGAAGAGGUGAAACCAAACUUUUUGCAGCGUAUUCGUCGGCAGGAAAAACUAACGGGGGUGCUGCGUAAUUUGUACCGAACAAUUUUGAGAGACCCGCGUGAUCGCUUGAAGCGAAUGGAGUUCGCCACCUCCCUGAUCGACUCGAAGAAAUGUGGCAUACAUGAACUUUUCUCUUCUCCGUCAGAGCCCCGUGGCAACAAGGCCGCAGACGGCGCAACCCCCGUGACACUUCCCACGCAUCCAUGUUUUGUAGUGGAGAACAUUACAUCCAACGGGUUUCACAUGUUUAAGAGCGCCAAGAUGCCAAUGAAAGUUCCUUUCCUUGUACAGCCAGAGUGCAGCAACAACAGCAGUAUGUGUAGAACCGCUUCCCAUGCUGCGCCGGAGAAUGCAGUGGCGUCGGGCCCGUGUUUUGUUCCACUUGCUCUCCCUUCACCGGAUGUGGGUGUUAUAUUCAAGAGUGGUGACGACGUACGGCAGGAUCAGUUGGUCGUGCAACUCGUGCAGCUCAUUGACGGCAUGUUGCGAAAGGAUGGCCUUGAUCUCUGCCUCACGCCCUACCGCGUUAUGGCGACAGGGACGACGGAGGGUCUUGUGGAAAUUGUGCCUGAUGUCGUCACGUUUCAGAGUGUACAACGGGACAUUGCGGGAUACAUUCGUUCACACAAUCCGACCAACAAGGCGUAUGAUGCUGCCAUAUGUCGCUUUACGAAGAGUUGCGCUGGCUACUGCGUUCUCACCUUUAUCCUUGGAAUUGGCGACAGGCAUUUAGAGAACAUUCUUUUGACGCACGACGGAAGGCUGUUGCAUAUUGACUUUGGGUACAUUCUCGGCAAUGACCCGAAACCCUUCCCACCGCCGAUGAAGAUCAACAAGGAGAUGGUGGAGACACUGGGUGGGCCCCAGAGUGAACGCUAUGCGGAAUUCAAGUCGUACUGCUGCAGCUCGUACAACAUUAUCCGGAAGCACGCACCGCUUAUUCUGAGCAUGCUGCUGCUCAUGGUGGAUGCGUCCAUUCCACAGAUAUCGGGCGAUGGCAAGUUGGACCCACGCGUGAAUUUGCUCAAAGUGCAGGAGAAACUGCGGCUGGACCUCUCAAAUUCCCAGGCGGCGCAGUACAUUCAAAACGUCAUCGCGGACAGCGUCGGAUCCAUCUUUACAAAUCUCUGGGACGUCAUACAUGUUGCAGCGCAGGCAACACGGCACUAA